AUGAGCGAGAGCACGGAGCCGGCGCCGAGUCAGGAGUCCAUGAUGCCUGCUAUAGACGUGACGCAGCUUACACAGGCCAUCCGCGUCAUCCUCAAGAACGCAGAUCUGGAGCAGCUGUCGCGUCGCAUGAUCCGCAAGCAGCUGGAGACGCAGUUUCGCGCGGAUUUGUCCAGCUAUAAAGACGUGAUCAACGCGACGAUUCUAGAAACAAUUGAAGAGCAACAAGCGGAAGAAGAGCAAGAAGAUGAUGAUGAUGAAGAAGAAGAGCCGGAACCAAGUGAAGAGGACGAAGACGCCAACGACGACGAGCAGCGCGCUCGCAGGAAAAAGUCGACGCCUGUCAAGAAGAAGAAGACGAAGAAAGAGACACCAAAGAAGAAACGCAACCGCAAGACUGAAGACGAGGACGGCAAGAAAACUGCUAUAGGGGGGUUCAAUGCCGAGUUGUGCCUGUCCCCGGAGCUCGCGCAGGUUGUGGGAGCAGACAGGAUGGCACGACCUCAAGUGGUAAAAGCUCUAUGGGCGUAUAUUCGCGAGCACAAUUUGCAGGACCCGAACAACAAAAAAUCCAUUAUCUUGGACGAUACGCUGCGCGCUGUGUUUCAACGGGAGUCGUUCACGAUGUUCAGUAUGAACAAGUUUGUCAAGCGCCAUGUGCGCAAGCCCGAUGACUUGCCGCCUGGUGGAUGGAGUCAGAUCCCGCGGGAUGGCGUGUCGAGUGAUGAAGACACGGAAGUAAAGCCGAAGAAGAAGGCCGUGAAACGGAAGAAGAAAACGACCUCGACGGAGGAAGGAGACAACGACAGCAAGACCAAGACGCAUGCAUUCAACGUGGAGCUAUCCCUGUCGCCGGAACUGGCUUCACUCGUUGGCACUGAUUUAAUGGCACGGCCGCAGAUUGUAAAGGCAUUGUGGGCAUACAUUCAUGAACACGAGCUACAGGACCCGCAGGACAAACGCACGAUUCUUUUGGACGAUAAGAUGCAACGGGUCUUUCAGCGGGACUCGUUCACUAUGUUUUCCAUGAACAAAUUCAUCAAGCGCCAUGCUCGCAAGCUGGCGGACUUGCCACCGGGUGGCUGGGCGGAUAUCCCACGCGACGGACUAUCAAGUGACGAGGAUGAGGCCAAGACCAAGAAAAAGCCUCGAAAAGGCAAAUGA